AUGGAUCCGAGCUACAAAGCUCGCAAGGAGGCAUUCGUGUCAAACCUUGCGGGAAGCACAAUUCUCGAAAUCAAUGCAGUCACUCUCGUUGCCUCGACAUCUGUCCUUCUCUGGUCAGCACUUCAAUCGAGAUUGUCUUUCUUCACACCUUAUGGCCCCGCGGCACUUGUAACGGAUUUCCUCCUCAAUGUUCUCGCCAUCUUGUUCGCGACAACAGCAUACUCCUCGGCACCGCUCCUGCUGAAUAUCUUCCUCAUCUCCCCCGCCGUGCUUCUGUUCCUCACCAAGUCGGGCGCUCGCACUCCUCCCAAAGCCAAAGCACUCCGCAAAUCCAAAUCCAAACAUGAAAGCUCCCAGGAAGAAUCCCUGUCACUACCGGUUCACCCAUUCUUGACGACAUAUCGCGCAGCCAUGAUGAUUGUGACAUGUGUUGCUAUCUUGGCUGUCGACUUCCGCGCAUUCCCCCGCCGCUUCGCCAAGGUGGAGAAUUGGGGGACCUCCCUGAUGGAUUUGGGCGUUGGAUCUUUCGUUUUCUCCGCCGGAGUGGUUUCUGCGCGAGCAGUUCUGAAGGGCCGCAAUUCGAAAUCCCCAAAGGUGGCUUUGUAUAAGAGAUUGAUUGGUUCAGCUCGUCACUCCAUUCCUUUACUUCUGCUGGGCCUCAUCCGCCUGUGGAGCGUCAAGGGCUUGGACUAUGCAGAACAUGUGACGGAAUAUGGUGUCCACUGGAACUUCUUCUUCACACUUGGCUUUUUGCCUCCUUUUGUGGAGCUGUUCGAUUCGUUGUUGACAUUGAUUCCAUCGUACGAGGUGCUUGCACUUGGUACUGCUGUCCUUUAUCAAGUUGCUUUAGAGUCGACCGAUCUCAAGGGAUACAUCCUCGUGUCUCCUCGUGGACCAGAUUUGCUCUCCAAGAACCGUGAGGGUGUCUUCUCUUUUAUUGGGUACUUUGCAAUCUUCCUCGCCGGACGUGCUGUAGGAAUCCGCAUUAUUCCUCGUGGAACAUCUGAAACCAAGUCGCCUCAGCAGGCACGGAGAUCUAUCCUGACAAGCUUGGUUCUGCAAGCUCUGUUCUGGGCAACCUUAUUCUUCUUCAACUCUACAUACGCCUUUGGCUAUGGUGCCAAUAUCCCUGUGUCGCGUCGGCUUGCCAACAUGCCUUAUGUUCUCUGGGUUUCAGCAUUCAACAGCGCGCAGCUGUUCCUCUUCUGUUUGACCGAGACCGUGUUCUUCCCAGCGGUCCACCGGGCCACUAACAAGGAAGGUGAAGCAGAGCAGACUUCCUUUGCGACCAGUCGUAUUCUGCAUGCCUUCAACCGAGGAGGCCUUGCCCUUUUCUUGAUUGCGAACUUGCUCACUGGAGCUGUGAAUUUGAGCGUUCCCACUCUGGAUCUCAAUACCCCACAGGCCAUGGGAAUUCUGAUUGUCUAUGCUGCAGUGCUCACUGGGGCUGCUUUAGGCAUGGAUAAAUACAACAUAAAGCUGAGUCUGUAA